CAUAUGUUAAACGUCUUUUCGAACAAGAAGCGUUUUCAAAAUGACAGCACUAGCACCGUUCAUUUAUACUUUGUUAAUUUACACUUCAACCGCAUCAGUUUUAUUGUGGAGCAAAGAUACAGUGGAAGUUUCGCCCCUCGACACAUUCACUGAUGAAGAUCUCCUAACUUUGGUUAAAAAACUGGGAGACCCGGAACUGGUUAUAUACAAGAGCUCGUCUGAAUUACUACCAAAAUUUGAAGAACUUUUAGACGGUUACCACAAAGCUUAUAACCCCAACGAUGACAUAAACAUAGAAAAUGCGACAGAGAUUUCAGGGUUAGAAGACUUGUCGCUUUUGGAAGCAAAACAGCAAGAGGAUUUGUCUACAGGUGUUAAAAUUUUAUCGGUCCUUGUCGUUCAAAAUAUGCGUCGAAAGCGCGAUGUGACGUCUCCUUCUAGCUCGACUGAGCCGUCUGGAAUGUCUCCAACAGGACCAGUGUUAUACAGAAGCCAACAUAAGGAUAGUUUUUACAGUUUGAUUUAUUCGUCGCAACCUCUGCUUCUGAGGAGUGCAAAUUCUACCAUAGAACUAGGAGCUAGUGUUUCUGCAACUAUUGCUAUACAAAGCAAGGAUUCGUCGUCACGGCUCGACACAACUAUUUUAGUUGGAGAGGAAAAAAUCAUUCUUCAGUUCACUUUCUCGUGGCAGAACACGUACUGGUCUUUAGCUACCGUGAAAAUGAAGAGCACCAUGAGCAAUUCUUCUACUAAUUUGACAAUCACGGAACCUUUUCAGGUUCCAAUACGUUUUUCGUACCAUUGUAACGGCAUAACGGUUUUUGCUGACGCAGACAGAACAACCGAGUUACUCAUAUAUGAUAUGCAAGCGCAACCAGAUUCGAAAGAUGGCGCUUUUGGCGAUGUGUACGAUUGUGUAGAUUUUACUACAGCACCUAUAUGGUCGGGACUUUUUGUCACAGCGAUUUUAGGACUAGGGUUAAUUAUAGCGCUAAUCGCAAUCAGCGAAAUUAAAACGAUGGAUAAGUUUGAUAACCAGAAGACGAAACAACUAGCCAUUACUGUUUCAGAGUAAUCUUUAUUUAAUAAAUAAUACUUAAUUAAAUAUUUACAAGAUGUUUCCCUCAUUGAUUAGGACGGCAUACAUAUCAACUAAUGCAAAAACUACAACAAACACAUUAGUUGUUAUUUUUAGAGGAAAACUUCAUUCAAACUUCAACAGUAUGAUGGGAUCAUGAAACUUGGUUUUGAGUUCUGAAGAGGUUUUUUAUCUUUAGGACACACCGUGAUGCUAGAAAAUUAUUAAAUAUAGUAGAAUUGGUUACAAAAAGACACUAUUUUUUACCUUUCUCCAAUUUCAAGAGCGAUUAUAUUGAUGAAUUCUACGUAGAUCAUAGGUACGGCCAAAAUCCUCCACGUUAAUGGGUUGAAAACGCUAUUUUGAUGUUGCCAUUCCACUUCUACAGCUUUUAGUUUUGAAAUUUGGUCGGUCGGAACUAUUGCUGUGUAUAUUUUUCCGGGCUCGUGGUAGCCACCUUUGUUUAAAGGUGCCGAGAUGGUUUUGGGACCUUUACCAUCAGUUGUAGAAUGCAUGGUGAAAACUAAUUGGCCGACUUCGCCUCCAUGUCGCACACUUUCGUCGGAUGUUGAAAUUUUUACUGUUACUUUGUAAUGAGCUCCUAUGAUGAAUGGUUAAUGAAUUAAAUAAAUGUGUUUUUAUAAAA